AUGGGUCAAAUAGUUCCACUGUCUUGUGGAUGGCUUUGGCAAGUCCAAGGCUAUGGAAGAAAAUCCAGAAGGAAAAUCCGUGUAGAUGAACACGAAAGCAAGGGAAAGCAAUCAUCUAAGGGAAGGACAACCCCAACAGAAAACCACUGGUCCUCCGAGUUCAGGGGGUUAUGCUUAGGGCCAGCAACCCUAACAUGUCAAACAAAAGACGCUACAGAAACCUUAACCGGAGAACAAAAUGAUGGAAAAAGGAUUGGCACCAUUCAGGACACUGGAAGUAUGACGGGUGAAUCAUCCAUCCCGAUAGGAUAUGUCCUUCGACCGAAAACAACCCGUAGAGUGGGCUGCUGGAACGUGCGGACCCUCUACCAAACAGGAAAACUAGCACAAGCCGUGAGAGAAAUGGAGCAUUACAAGAUCGAGCUCCUGGGAGUUAGUGAAGCCAGAUGGACAGGUAGUGGAUCAAAACAACUACUAUCAGGACAUCAGAUACUCUACUCUGGAAGAAUCGACGACCAUCAUAGCAAAGGAGUAGCCAUUAUUACAACAAAGGAGGUCCACAGAAGUCUUUUAGAAUGGAAACCUGUGAGUGAGCGAAUAAUAACAGCAAGGUACAACUCAGCCUUCGCCAAAUUGACUGCUGUGGUUUGCUAUGCGCCAACAGAUGAUGCAGAAGAUGAAGAGAAAAUAUCUUUCUAUGACAGCCUACAAAAGAUAGUAGACGACACACCAUCUCAUGAUGUUCUGCUUAGCCUUGGAGACUUAAAUGCUAAAGUUGGAAAAUGCAACCAAGGUAAAGAAACCAUCAUGGGCCAGCAAGGAAUAGGAGAAUGUAACAACAACGGAGAGAGACUAUGCACUUUCUGCCAAGAAAACGACCUAGUAAUUGGUGGAACUAUAUUUAUGCACAAAGACAUCCAUAAGACAACAUGGAACUCACCAAAUGGUCAUACAAAGAACCAAAUUGACCACAUUAUCAUCAACAAGAGAUGGAGAAGUAGUCUUCUCGAUGUGGUUGCAAAACAAGGGACUGGUGUGAGAAGUGACCACUCUUUAGUAAUGGCAAAAAUCAAGUUAAAACUGAGGAAAUCAAGGAAAAAAGAUCAAAGACCACCUCCAAUCAACAUCCAAAAACUCAAAGAUACAAAAGCCCUGAGAUCCUUUCAAUCAAAAGUCCAAAACAGGUUUUCAGCACUCAUGGAACAUCCUGAUGAAAUCGAUAUGGAAACUUUUAACAAAGUAUUAAUAGAAAAUAGUCAACAAAUACUUGGUCCAAAGAGAAAGAAGAAAGAAGAAUGGAUUUCAGAUAAAACAUGGAAAAUAGUAGAACAACGAAAAGAGAAGAAAAGUAAAAUCUUGUCCACAAAAUCCAAGAGGCAAAAGGACCAACUCCAGGCAGAAUAUCGGGCCACUGACAAGGAAGUAAAGAGGAGUGCAAGAGCUGACAGAAAGGCAUACACUGAAAAGCUAACUAAUGAGACAGAACAAGCAGCUUCUAAACAAGACAUGCAGACCCUCUAUCGAAUUACAAAACAUUAG